CAGCUAGGAAUUUUCCAAAAAGUCGCUAGAUUUAUCUUCAUUAUUUUUGAAGCAGCACUGGGAGUGACCUACAGUGACAUGUACAGGAGCAGCAGCAGAAACUCGUUUUCCCACAAUCCCCCUGCAGCGGUUUCAGUCAUAAGCAAAGGGCGAUAAUUGCAAUGGCAGGACGCGAUCGUGUGGUCAGUUUGCUUAGGCAACUCGAGAGAGCUGCGUGUAGAUGUCCUGCUCAUUCACAGACAUACCAUCAAGUUUCAGUUCAUGGGUCGGGAAGCCGGACAACCGAUUAUGCUUUUGAGAUGGCGAGCUCAAACAUUAGAUAUGGAGAAGGCGUUACUAGAGAAAUUGGCAUGGACAUACGGAAUCUGGGAGCGCGGAACGUGUGUCUGAUGACGGACAGGACUGUGUCCCGCCUCCCGCCUUUCACAGCGGUGCUGGACUCACUGGCCAAACAUGACGUCACUUUCAGGUGCUACGACCAAGUGCGGGUGGAGCCCACGGAUUCCAGCUUCAUGGACGCCAUCGACUUUGCAAAGCGUGGAGACUUCGAUGCGUAUGUGGCGGUGGGCGGAGGCUCUGUGAUUGACACCUGCAAGGCAGCCAAUCUGUAUGCCUGUCACCCCGAGGCAGACUUCCUGGACUUUGUGAAUGCUCCAAUUGGCAAGGGGCAGCCGGUAACACGGACCCUUAAGCCUCUAAUAGCAGUACCUACAACUGCCGGAACGGGAAGUGAGACCACCGGUGUGGCAAUUUUUGACUAUGAGCCUUUAAAAGCUAAAACUGGCAUAGCUAGCCGAGCCCUGAAGCCGACGUUAGGGAUGGUAGAUCCCCUCCACACACUGCACAUGCCUGAGCGAGUGGCCGCCAACAGUGGGUUUGACGUGCUGUGCCAUGCUCUGGAGUCCUACACUGCUCUGCCCUACAGCCAGCGUAAGCCCUGUCCUACCAACCCCAUCAACCGCCCCGCCUACCAGGGCAGCAACCCAAUCAGUGACGUGUGGUCCCGUCACGCCCUGCACGUAGUGGCUAAGUACAUGAAACGAGCCGUGAGGGAUCCUGGGGACGUGGAAGCGAGGUCCAGCAUGCACCUUGCCAGCGUGUUUGCCGGGAUUGGAUUUGGGAAUGCCGGCGUUCAUCUGUGCCAUGGAAUGUCCUACCCCAUCGCAGGCAAUGUGAAAACCUUCAGGGCAAAGGGCUAUGAUGUGGAUCACCCUAUAGUGCCCCACGGCCUUUCAGUUGUGCUGACUUCCCCUGCGGUCUUUGCCUUCACUGGACCCAUGUGUCCAGAGCGCCACCUUGAGGCGGCACAGAUAUUAGGGGCCGACGUGCGGAGUGUCAAGCGCAAGGAUGCCGGAUCAGUGCUGGCAGAUACCCUGAGGGACAUCCUGCAGGACCUGCAGGUGGAGGAUGGUCUGGGGGCCGUUGGCUACACCCGAGCUGAUAUCCCUGCACUUGUGAAGGGCACCAUACCACAGGAGAGGGUCACCAAACUUGCCCCCCGGACUCACACAGAAGACGACCUGGCCCAGCUGUUCGAGGCCUCGCUGAAGCUCUACUGAAGCUCUUCCGCUUGGCGUUUCUCCCUCCCCAUAUUCUUUACCACGGUGUUCUCACCAAGACCGUAACUUGUCGCUCUCUUGCUGUUGCUCAUCACCUUAAGUACAUCGUGUUCCGAUCACAAGUCUGUAACACGAGCAGCGAUGCUGGUUGUGUUUAUGUUGCCAUGGGGAUUUGGCCGAGGACGUGUGAUGCGUUUUAUUUUUGAACGUCUUCCCUGUCUCCGCUGUUUCGCCAGUUCUUGUGAUUGAAAACUUCUUUCCCGCUAUGAAGUUCGUAUACGUCAGCUGGGGAGGCUUCCUGCAGAUUCCUUCAUUCUUCUGGAUUUAAUGGAGAAUAUAUUUUUUUAACGGUUAAAGUGGGGAGAGAAAUAACGCGUGUCCUGCAUUAUGGGCUGUAGGCAGAGCUGGCUUGCUGAUAGUGCACGCUGCAAGUUCACAGGCCUCACCAGAGCCUCUUCUAUUCCAGCCAAGUACAUCUGUGUCCUUGACGUCAAAGAAAUACAACUACAUGUGUAAUUUUUUAAUUUCUGGACCUUUAAUCAUACUUUUUUUUUUUCUUCAAGUAAUUUUAUUUAACUUCAAUAAAUGCACAUUGUUCAGACUGA